AUGAAGGGCAAAGAGCAUAAGGAGAAAUUGAUGAGUGAUGGGGACAAUGAUCGUAAAGUGGAAAUCAUCAGCGAUGGAGACUGGGAGGUUGAGUGCAAGGAUGCCGUAUUCCAGGUCUCAGAAGAUGCCAUUACGGCAGCCGGCGCACAAGUACUUGUGGAACGAGCAGCGCCACCCGAUGAUACAUCUUUUACGUUCUACCAUGACGCAACGUCCACUCGAAUCUUUUUGAAUAUCAUUCACCACAAGUCUCACUCAGUCCCCCUCGAUUUGGGCCCCAGGGAACUGCAUGGGGUUGGGCUAAUCGCCUCCCAAGCCGGAUGUGUAUCGAUACUGGGCGGCUAUGGUCGAGCUUGGCUCUACAGGGCCAUGCAGAAACGUACCUCACUGAACGAAAUAGCGGGGUUCCUUUUAUGCGCAGACCUUUUUGAACUGGAUGAUAUGUAUUCCGAUAUAUCACAGAGCCUUGUUUGCCGAAACGCGGAGGAGUUCAAGAAAUCCGAGACAGAAUCCGACAACUUGAAUUACUGGCUUGCGGAGAGUUUUUUGAACGAACUCGAGUCCAACAGAAAAAAGCUAGCUCUCCGAACCGAGAUCGCGCUUAUGGCCCUGCUUGGGAAGCUGAACAAAUGUGGCCAUGGCGCGGCCCAGAAAUUUGCCCGCACCUAUUUCAUGACACUGGUGAGAUCGUCGCUAAAUUCCCGCCGGCCACUUACUAUCCGCCAGGAGAGUGUACUGCGCAGGGCAACUGUGACAUAUGCAAUCGCGGGCCACUUGAACAAUCUGCCUAUUUAA